AUGUCUCUAUGUCUCUUGAAUUCGUUGCCUGUUGAAUUAAUUCAUCAUCUCUUGGAGUAUUUUCAUUCAUAUGAAAUAAUUCAAUCGUUUUUCAAUGUGAAUGAGCAUCUAAAUCGUAUCGUGAUUAAUUAUGAUCGUUAUAUCUGGGAUUUUCGUGGUAUACUCAAAUGUCAAUUUGAUCUUGUGUGUCAAUUUUUACAACCAAACCGAGUGAUUUAUUUGAGAUUAUGCGAUGAUGAUGAAACACCUGAACAAUGUCAUAUUUUCUUCUCUCGUUUUCAUAUCGAACAAUUUGUCAAUCUUCGAUCUUUGGAAAUCAUUUCACAUAGGAAAAACAUCGAACCAUAUUUGACUGAUCUUUCAAAACUUUCACGUUUAUCUUCAAUUAUUUUAUCAUUAACGCAUCGAAUAACUUCGAUAGUUAGUAUUCAAAGAGUAUUUCCUCAACUACAUCGAUUAAUCAUAGAUUCGCCUGAAUUUCUGAAUAUAAAAAUGCCUGAACUACGUUAUUUAAAGUUAACAAAAUAUGAACGAGCACCGUUUUCAUAUCUGUCCAGUAAUCUGAUGCCUAAUCUUCAUUCAUUAGAUAUAACACUUUCAUUAUCAUCAAUUCUUUCGACAAUGAAUUCAGAUUUGAUUUGGUUUCAAAUAAAACGUUUAUUUCUUAAAACAACAGAUUCGGAUAUUUCAUUUUCCAUGUCACAAUUUUUAUGUAAACUGAUCAAUUUAAAACAUCUCGAAAUUGAUGUUCAAAAGGCAACAAAUGUUCCUGAUGGUCAACAAUGGGAAUCACUUGUUUCACAUUUGAUUCGAUUUGAUUUUCGAUUUACCAUUUAUAAUCAAAAACUAGAUAAUGAUACUUUAGAAAAAUAUCUCAAAUCAUUUUGUUCAUCAUUUUGGUUGGAAGAAAAACGUUGGUUCGUUGGCUAUUACAAAAAUCUAUCUUCAGAUUCAUUUUUUACACUACCACGUUUUGUUCCAACAAGUAUCGACACAUCUUCUGUUUAUCAACCAUUAUCUACAUCAUCAAAUUUCUCAUUUGAUCAAUAUAUUCGUUGUAUUACUAUUUUACAAUCUUUUUCUUAUUACGAUCGUUUCAACGAAUUAACAUCGUUAAUUUUUGGAGGAAAAUUUGAUUUUAAUAGUAAAUCACAAUUCUUCCUAAAAGAUCUUUUACAACGAUUACCUCAUGUUCAUUCACUUUCUUUGCAAAAUUCACAAUCAACUUUGUAUAUUCUAAACAAUUCUAUAUUAAAUCAAAUUCGAAGUUUAACGAUACGUCAUACUUCUUGUCGAUCUCAAUUUCAAUUGUCAAUUGAACCGAAGAAAUGGUGCGAUGUUUUUCCAAGAGUUGAGCGUUUAUUUGUUUCAAUCGAUAUGACAAGAGAUAUGUUUAUUUUCAUUGAUGAAUUGAAAUAUUUAUCAAUUGCAACAUUUGAAAUAAAUGAUUGGGGCAAAUCUCGAGAUUGGUCAAAUGAAUCAACACGAGAAUGGAUUAGAAAAUCGAGUCAACGUUUAAGAAAAGAUCCAAAUUUUACACUUUUAUAUUCAAAUGAAGAAAUUCAUUUCUGGAUGAAUGAACAACAAAUAAUUGAAUAUCAAUCUUCAAGAAUUUCAUGGUGUUCUCUUCUAUGA